AUGGCGCUACCAAGAGGGAAAGGAUGCCUGUCGUGCACCACCGUGCUGUGGUACAUCACUUUCGUGGGCUGUGGAGUCAACUACAUGAUCAGGAGCAACAUAAACAUCGCGAUUGUCGCGAUGGUGAAGAAACGCCCGUCAGACGGGAGUGCAGUGGCUAGCGAGUGCUACCAUUCGGAUUUCAACUUGACCGGAAACUACUCCCUCAACGAGAGCCUUUCUCAGGUCGAACUGAUCGACGUUGAUGAUGAGAUAAGAUUUGACUGGGACGAACAUCAGCAAAGCGUUGUCAUGGGAGCAUUUUUCUGGCUCUACUGGGCAACGCAGGUGCCUGCAGGAAUGAUGGCUCAAUACUUCGGUUCGAAGAAAGUGUUUGGUAUCGGUAACCUUAUGGUUUCCAUAACAACACUGCUGAUACCACUUUCUGCAUCACUUGACUACAGGGCUCUGGUAACCCUGAGGGCUUUCCAAGGAGUUUGUGGCGGCUUCUGCUUUCCAUCUCUCAGCUACAUUAUCUCGAGAUGGAUACCAACCAAUGAAAGGGGGAAAUUUAUGAGCGCAUUCAUGGGUAGUUCCGUGGGUGCCGCACUGACCUUUCCUCUCUGUGGAAUGAUCAUCCACUUUCUCAACUGGCAGGCAGUUUUUUAUAUCACUGGUGCAAUUGGGAUACUGUGGUUUAUCGGUUGGUGGUAUCUUGUGUACGAUAACCCAGUCGAUCAUCCUAGGAUAAGUGAGUCAGAGCUCCAGCACAUACAAAAUGCCAUUGGGGACACUAUUUCGGAAAAGAAGCUUCCUAUCCCAUGGUUUAAAAUCCUUACAAGCUGGCCACUGAUUGUGAACCUAUUGCUUGCAUGGGGUUGUAUUUGGGGAAUGUUCACUAUUUUAACCCAAGCACCUACAUAUUUCCGCAACGUUCAUGGAUGGAGUGUGCAGAAGGUUGGCUUUUUCUCUGGUCUUCCCCAUGUUUGUCGAACGAGUUUCGCCAUUAUAGUUGGUUAUGUUUGUGACCAUCUGUUGUCGAGUGGAAAGCUAUCAGUUACAGCAGUUCGAAAGUUGGCUGGUUUUAUAACAAAUAUUCUGCAAGGCAUAUUCAUGCUAGGGUUGGCUUUCUCCGGUUGUAACUCAGUUAUGGCCACUAUUUGCCUGACAGCAGCUCUUACUGUGAGUGGAGCUGAAACAUCAGGUUCUUUAGCUACAUACAUCGAUCUCAGUCCCAAUUUUGCUGGUGUACUCAUGGGCAUUGGUAACAUGAUUUGUGUGACUCCAGGAUUUCUGUCCGCUGCAGUUGUUGGUGCACUGACAUACAAGAAUCAAUCGUCUGAACAGUGGAAGAAAAUUUUCCUUAUAUCAGCAGGCAUCCUUUUACCUCCUGGCUUCCUGCAUCUUCUCAGAUCGUCAUCUGAAGUACAAGAGUGGAAUUUCCCGAAGUCAUUGGCAAAAGAAUUGAAACAUGAUAUCUCUGCGAAGGACGUCGAAGCUCAGCAACGUCUGACAUCAGAACAUGAAACCGAAGAUCAUCAGAAUACAGAGGAGAAACAAAACCAUAUACUGUGA